AGCGCAGUGACCGUAUUUAAAUGACGUGCGACUAGAACACGAAAAUAGACUGGCGCUAGGCAGCAUCGCGCACGGACCGUCGGAGACACACACAUCGACAUGGCCUGCACGCACAUAGCCGCCUUCUUCAUUUGUCUUGUAUGGAUAGCCACAGAUGGAACAACGGCAGGGAAUAGCAGGAAUAUGGAGAAAAAGUUGAAGAAGUUUCUUGAUCCCAUCUAUGUUGCCGGGAAGAAAAACUCGGAUACGUUUAGCCGGCCUUUUGAGAGAGUAACCCAGCUGUAUUCACGGAACAGCCUUGAUCAUAUACGGAUUUUGAAGAAUCGAAGGGUUGACGCAAAAGGCAGAGACGGGGAUCAGUACGCAAAACUGAUUAUCGAGUCAGAUGGAUUUGGUCGCGUUCGGAUCCGCGGCGCUGAAACCAAGUUCUAUCUUUGCAUGGACAAGCGGCGGAGACUUCGAGCGAGGAAACGCGCUCGUAACAAGAAGAACUGCAUCUUCAAAGACCACUUUGCGGACAAUGCUUUCAACGAGUUCGAGUCUGUCAAAUACGAGGGACACUACAUCGCGUUUAACCGCCGCGGCCUGCAACGAGCAGGAAACAAAACCAAAAGCGGCAUGAAAUCAGUGCAGUUUCUCGAGAGACCCCCGAGCGUGCGGCGACGGCUGUACCGCGGGAGAAAAUACCGAAAGGACGGGAAACAGAAACACAAGAUUUGUCUGACCAUCAAGAAAUGGAAAAAGUGGAAGCAGUGGUUACUGUGGCGCCGAGAGGAGCGCAAAUUGGUCGAGACUCGAAAAGGAGGGACUUUGACUGUAAACAAAGGGAAGUAUUCGAAAAAACUUGAAAGAGCGAAAAAUAAAAAGAAAUUACAAGGGAUUAAGAAAAAGAAUAGAAAAACUAAAGAGAGAAAUAAAAGUGCUGUGACGACAACAUUACGGACGGCUGUCCCUACCACAUCCACGCUAAGGAUCUUAACGACACAAAAAGAAAGCGUUCAGUGAAAGAAGCGCAAAUAUGGCUACUUAAUUAUGAACACUGUCAUUGUUGCGUUGGACACAUAGACUUCAGAAUCGCUCGACUCAAAAAAUCGCAAACUCGAAGAGAAACUUUUUAGCUUGAAAUUUAUCGAGUUGUGCUGGAGUUUAUUUAAUUCAAAUCUAUAUUUAACUAUUGGAUAUUUUCGUUAGUUAGCUAUGUGAGAUGUCAAGGGAUGUAACUGAAGUGUGAUAUGUGGAGAAAAAAGUGCAUUUAAAGGAAACGCUAGCAUUUCGUACCGUUGACAAUAUACAAACGCCUAGUGUCGAAUGGUAGUUCUAUGACCGAAAGCGGCCUAUUGGUACUUUAUUAUUUAACAAAAGUAAUAAAUAAACCAGCGAUGCCAGAACCAUACAAUGUUGAACUAUGAUGAAUUAGUAAAGAAUAAUUCAAAAAUAGACAUAUUUCUCGGCAUAAGGUAGAAAUAUUUUGAGCUCCGGGGUUCCUUUUCUGUUGUAGAACUGCAACCUUGUGCUGUUUACGAAUUUUGAAAUAGGUGCACAUUCUUGCGCAUCACUUAUUAAAAGAGUGUAGGAUAGAAUCCGUUGUUAGUUGGCACACGGCAGUGGCGUAGCCAGGAGGGGGCCCUUUUCUCCUGUAUUUUGGAUAAUGUCUCAUACAUUUACUGCAUUUUUGACUGCUAGAAGGGGGGGCACUUGGUCACCCCCCUGGCUACGCCCCUGCACAGGAUCAUCUCUUUGUUUCAUAACUAAAAGUUGAUUUCUAUAAACUCGGUAGGCUGACUCAAAUGGAAAUUUGAAAGAAGAAAUAUGAGUUAUUUACCACUAGAGUAACGUAUCAUUGGAAAUAUGGGACAUACCAUUUGCCCUAAAAGUACGUAGAAGCAUUUCAGAUGUAGUGUUUCAUAUGAGAUGUGGUGUUUCAUAUCAGAUGAGGUGGUUCAUAUUUUGGGAACUACGCGUGUAAAUAUCAAAGUUAUAAAUACUAUAUAUAAUCAUGUUAACUGUUUUUAUAAGACCAAUACAAGUUGCGAUUGACAAAGAAAAAAGUAGGAUCGUCGAUCAAAAUGGAAUAAACUUAAAUUUAAAUAUAUAUGAUUUAGAAAUUAUCACCCACUAAAAUAGAACUAUAAAUUGGUACAAUGUCAUAUUUUGAUUCUAUAACAAUGUACAUACUUUAAAAAAUGUUUGUUAUGCUGAACGCCUGGCUGCAAGUGCUAUGAUGACGGAGUUGUGUUCUGUGUUUGGGUGUAAAAUAUUUAGGACAAGCUUGAUAAGCACUAGUAGAAAAUAAAUGACGUAACUUAUUGAAAA